CUGAUCUGCCUCAACGAGAUAUCUACGCUACGCUGCUAUCUAGAGACAGCCGUGACGAGUUCCGGUCGAGCGAGGAGCAACCAACAACAUGGCACUCUCGUUUAGGCUGGUCGCCGGCGUUCUUCUGGUCCUGGCAUUAGCUCUGCUCUCUUCGAGCGCGGAGGAGAGGAGCGCCGGGCGCGCUGCCACUGUCAGCGCGAUGGGCUCAGAUCACGAUCAGACGUCGGAAGCUCCGGUGCCGCCGUUGAGGCCUCUUGGGUCGAGGAAACCGGUGGCGGCUCCGCCACCGCCGAGGCCGGCACAUCCACGGGCGAGUAUAAGGCCAUUUCCUCCACCUCGUCCGUCACAGCCGCAGCCGCAGCCGCCGCCGCCGCCACCACGCUCGUAGGUGUAGGCUGUGUACGUCUAGGCAGCCGGCAAGCUCUAGUCCUCUAGGUCUACAGACGUGAGAAAAUGGUUUGUUGGCGUUGGCAUCCCUCCAAUUUCCUGUGAACCUGUUGUAGUGUUCCUCAGUUGUGAGUUUUCAACGAACUUUUGAAAGUUCUAUGUCUCUGUCGGUUAUGGUUCAGGUAUUUGGGAGCUUUCAGCCCCAAAAACCAUCGGUUGCGUAUUUUAAUAUUUCCUUCUUGGCUGCUCAACAUUUCUAUGCCUUUCUUUUAUCAGAUGACCUGGCAUUUGUCGGUUGUUUCCAAGAUGCUAGUGCUACAAGCUCAUGAACUUGCUCACCCGAAUCACCAGAGGACCAGAACGCGUUGUAUUGAAUUUCUGACUGUGCAGUGAAGUGGCUGGAACGCCUCAAAGACCUCAUUUUUUUUUGUAUCGAACUCCGGAUCCGUUGACCUGACCUGCCGUGGCAUCCAUGUGUUCGUUCAGAUCUCAAGGGACCUCCUACCUGAGAUUCCACCGACAAAACCCUGGGUCACCUACCUGAGUUUUAGUAUAAAUUCAGGUAACCAGAUCACUCGGAGCAAUCGUUCGCAGCCAUCAAUCACCAUGAGACUGGUCAAGCUCCUUGCUGUCUUCGCCAUCCUGGCUGUUCUGUUCGCCGUGACAUGGCCCGUUGCUGUGCUAGGGAGGCUGGGUAGGGCGCCCCCGACGCCGAAAUCUGGCCCCGUCAAGCACCAUCGUCCACCACGGCUACAGCGCCCGCCGCCGCCGCCACCACCACCACGGCCGCACCAUCGGCAUGAUGGUCUUCGUCGGCCACUGCCAUAUCCGGCACCACCACCGUGUCAACACUGAUUGCUGCUAUCGGAUUCGAUGAUGGCACUCAAAAUUUCAGUAUUCGACGAGCAAUGUAGCUUCCGUGUACUGCAUUCAUAGUUUCAGCAUUCUUGAUGCAUUUGGUGUUACAAGAAAUUAGUUUUUUUUGUACUCCGGGGGAAAUACUACCAAUGAGAUUCAUACGAAUAACCGCACUGGAUUUUCCAAAUUGUCUUGAUCUCAAAAAUAAUUUGACGUAAUAAGAGACUCAUCGG